UUUAAAACCCUCUUGAAAUUACAGAACUUCCUGGCAAGUGACAAUUCUUUUUCUCAUCUAGUAUUGAAUCUUUCUAAUCGAUUGUUUCAGUCUAUUUUUGACAUAUUUGGUUUUUUUUUUGCUUUCUUGCUACCUUCAAGUGCUGAAGGUGACAAAAGAUGUCUUUGACUUUUCAACAAAUUAUAUUAGAUGCGAAGAAGCUAGUAGGUCGGAUAUCCGACCAGGAGAGCACAGCCGAUAAUUUAAUUUGUGAAAUUCAGUCAGUCUGCACACAAAUUGAUGGAAUGAAACAAUAUCAGGAAGAAGUUGACGUUUUAAAUGCCGAGGCGAAGCAAACGCCUCAUUUACAAGUCAUUGCUGGCAUUCAGCAAGAAAAUAGACACCUCAGAGAAAUCCAAGCUGAGAAUCGAGAACUGAAAACUGCUCUUGAAGACCAUAAAAGUGCGCUGGAACUAAUUAUGUCCAAAUAUAGACAGCAAACUGCUUCUUUGUUGACUCAGUGCAAAACUGACUAUACAUCGCUGUACAACUCCAGAUACGCGAAUAUAAUUACAAGCCAGGCAGAAAAGAUAAACGAAAUGGCCGCAGUGAUGAAAACCGCAGCAGCUUUGGACGAAGAGAAUGAAAUGAAAGAAAAGGAAUUGAUUGCACGUUUGAAAGAAGAAAAUGUUGUUCUUCGACAAAUCGUCGACAUAGCAAAUAGAUGCGGCUCAUUGAAAAACGAACCCCCCAUGGAGAGCAAAACAGUUCAAACGGAUGAAUAAUGUUAAUCCGCCAUUAAUUUUAAAUAAGUGCGUUGAAUUAUUUGUUUUUUCCUCAUUUUUUUACAUUCUAUGUGUGAUAUUUAUCAUGUUGCUGGGGUGUGGAAUCGAAUUGUAUAAUAGGGAUGUUAAGCCUAUUUUUCUGCGGUACGAAAAGUUCUAUUUUUAUAUUGAUUCACGUAUUAAAAAAUUAAAAAGAA